CAGGCAUAGCUAUGGCCGGUAUCAGCCAACGACAGCCCCUCGUGCCCCACCGUUGCGGUCCUUUCGUUGGUAUAUUUUCGGCCAACUCACACCAGCACCUCUGCUUUCCUUUUCCUCUCCCUCUCAAUCCUAUCUCUUUGAUUCAAUUGUCACCUUUGACAUCAUAAAUCUUUCAAAAUGUCCGACGAGCAGACUUUCAUUGCCAUCAAGCCCGACGGUGUCCAGCGCGGACUCGUUGGCCCCAUCAUCUCUCGCUUUGAGAACCGUGGCUUCAAGCUCGCUGCUCUGAAGCUCUGCUCCCCCUCCAAGGAGCACCUCGAGCAGCACUAUGCUGACCUCAGCUCCAAGCCUUUCUUCCCCGGCCUCGUCUCCUACAUGCUGAGCGGCCCCAUCGUCGCCAUGGUUUGGGAGGGCCGUGAGGUCGUCAAGACCGGUCGCACCAUCCUCGGUGCCACCAACCCUCUUGCCUCCGCCCCUGGCACCAUCCGUGGUGACUUCGCCAUUGAUGUUGGCCGCAACGUCUGCCACGGCUCCGACAGCGUCGAGAACGCCAAGAAGGAGAUUGCCCUCUGGUUCAAGCCUGAGGAGCUCCAGAAGUACAAGCACAGCCAGUUCGACUGGAUCUACGAGAAGGCUUAAAUUUCUCUGCUCGAUCUUUGAUCUGACAUCUGCUCCCUGGUACGGCUUAAACCGUAAGGACAGCAAAUGAGAUAAACCAGAAAAGACGUCCUGAGAAAUAGAAAUUAUACA